CAACAAAGCAGUGAGUGGUGUGUAGAAACAUGUCUACCGUGUGUGCGAUAUUCUAGGACAGCGAGAGGCAGAGAUACUCAGAUAUUCUAGUUUUACGUGUCUCCAACAAACAAUACACCAUUUUGGCAGGAAUUUAUUGGAUUUAAAUAUGUUUUUUUGUAUCACUUUGGAAAGUGUGUAAUUUUUUGACUGAAAAUUUAAAUCAAAUAGAUUAUUUUCUAUAGUGGAAAGUCCAACAUUGAAUGAAGGAUAUGAUGCAGAGUCCGAACGGGAGGGUUCCGAUGGUAUCGGACAAGGAGCUAAGCGAUCUAUUAGACUUCAGUGCGAUGUUUUCUCCUCCGACUGGAAGCUCAAAGAAUGUACAGCCUGGACAACCAACGCAAGGGCCACCAUAUAAUAAGCCAGGAAUGGAAAAUAACAGUUCAACGUGGAGUAAUAAUGGUGCAAGACCUAGUCCCAAUUAUGAAUCACAAUCUAGGAAUUAUGAAUAUGGAGAUAUGAAUGAUAGAGGAAUAGAUGGCAGUUAUGCUGCAGGUAAAAAGGAGCCAUCAUAUGGCAUGUCCUAUUCAAUGUCAAGGGAGCCCUCAUUGCCUCAGCAAGCACAAAGCAUAACCCCACUUGGUAUGCCUAGCUCUGGCUCCCUGUCCCCUCACGCUAAAGCUACGGCACCUUACUACAGUAUCUAUAACCCAUCAAGAAGACGCCCAAUGCCAGAACAACCACCAAUCCCACCUCAGACAGGCCUUGGUGGUAAAAGGAGGAAACAAAUUGGAGUUUAUUCACCAGCAGGUUCAGACGAUUAUCACUCAGAAUCACCCAGUUAUUCAUCACCUAAACCCCCAGGAAUGUAUUCAGAUAGUUACUACCUUGAUGGCUCUCAUAACAGUGGGCAUGAUGGAUGGAGCAAUGGCAUCGGACCAGCAUCCAAUUACCCCUCCUCAACCUUGCUAAGCAACUCAACUUCCCAUUCACAGACCUCUUCUAAUUUUACACAUGAUCCUCCAAUGAAUUUUGGGCAUAGCCAAGAAUCAUUGAUGAGUUCUAAUUCAGGUCUUCCUCCAAUGACCAGUUUUAGACCUGAUGCCCAUCCCAGCGCUAGGUCACCUUUGAAUGGCAGUGAACCAAGCCAGGCUCGCAGAAGCUCAACAACAGCUACCGGAGCAGACAAUUCACAAACCGGUGUCACACUUGGAAAAGCACUUGCAUCUAUCUAUUCAUCGGAACAGACCAACAGUAGUUAUCCUUCCAAUCCGUCAACGCCAGUCAGUUCACCGCCACCUAUGACAGGUCCUUGGCCUAGAAGUGGUAGCCAGCCCUCCCCUUCUGCUUCAGGGUAUGCGGGAGGUGCUGGACCUGUGUCAACUACGGUGAAUACCAGUGGAGAAAAUCAGCUGCAUUCAUUGAGUCGAAUGGAAGAAUGCUUAAAUGAUGCAAUUCAUGUUUUACAAAGACACGCAGAAUUACCCGCGCAAGGAAUGAAUCCAAUGGCACCCGGAAUUCCACCGGGAAUGAUAAAUGGAUUACCCCCACAUUCCAGCUCCGGUAUGCCACCCGGAAUGUCCCAUCCUUAUGGUCACCCGUCACAGUACGGUGUUGAGCAUCCUCACAUGGGUGGACCUCCUUCAUCAGUGCCUGACAACCACCGAAGUUCGGUAUCUGGACCCCCACUCCCACCAUCAGAAAUUGCUCAGCCACAACAACCCUUCAGCUCAGUACAGAAUGACCUGAUGGGGCAUGAUGAUGAUGGGUUAAAGAUCGAGAAGGUGAAAAGUAAAUCAGUUGGUGCCAAGCCAAAAAAGGAGGAAAAAAUGGACAUAAGCAAACCAGAAGACAGUAAAAGCAGCGAUAGUAAUCGCUCAAAUAAUUCGGGGAAAACAAAGAAACGAACUACCGAUGAUCUAAGCCUAGAUGGAGAAGUACCAAAAGUAGAGAAGGAAAAAGAGCGACGAAGCGCCAAUAAUGCCAGAGAAAGGAUCAGAGUGCGGGACAUCAACGAAGCAUUUAAGGAACUGGGUCGUAUGUGUCAGUUACACCUAAAUACGGAUAAAGCACAGACAAAGCUUCUGAUACUACAUCAAGCCGUGAAUGUAAUAACCAGCUUAGAAUCACAAGUUAGAGAUCGCAAUUUAAAUCCAAAAGCAGCGUGCCUUAAAAGACGAGAAGAAGAAAAAGUUGACGAGUUGCCUAACCGUGGUCUGGGGCCAGCAGGUGACCACCUUGGGCCGCAACAUGGUCUUCAAGGUUCUUCUAAUCUCCUUGGUGGUAGUAUACCUGGUGGCUUGUCAAAAUCAGUCCUACAGUCUGGUUUCACCGGCAUCAUGGACAGCAUACUGAAUCAGCACCCAGCUCAUCUACAACAAAUGAACGAGUACGGCAUUCACCAUGGCCUGGACCUAACCCAGGUUCCUGCAUCAUCAUCAACAGUCACUACUAUGUCCAGAUCCUUAGAGAUAUUUCGCGGCGAUUCGAUGCAGACAUCGGCUUCUCAGAUUGCCCACGAACCAUUGACGCCCGAAGAUAACUUAUCUGCAUGAACAGGACUAAUUUAUUGAAGGUUUUGUAGCCAUUUUGAGAGGCAUGCUCACCAGUUUUUUGAACAUUAUGUGUAGAUAUUGAUACAAAAACUUGAGUGAACAGAUGGGGAAUGAAAAGCAAUGAGGAAUCAUGCGACUCGUUUCAAACUUAUUUUCUAAAAAUUAAUUGAGUUGUUGACGGGACAGCAUUGCAGGUGCUGGUCAGGGGUGGUGCACUUCGCAUCUUUGAUGGAUGCUUUUUUUUAUAUAAUUAAAAUAAAAACCUCAUUUGUUUUAAUCAUUUGAUUUUUUUUAACCUACCACCAGUCAUGCCUAAACGUUUGAUAAAUGUUUGUGGUUUUUGUUGUUUUUGUUUCUCCCUCCAAAUAAAGUUGGCGGUCGGGUCAGACGGUGUCAGAAGAUAUCUGAUGACUGCCUAGCAUGCAACACUUUACCAAGUGUUUGUAUUUUAAGUCCAUGUAAACAUUGGAAGCUUAAUUAUGAUUUGGAAAAAUUAAUAUCAAAUAUAAUUAUCCAAGCUAAAUAAUAUAUUUUUUCUUGAUUUUAAAAUGAAUGAUAAAAUUGCUAUAUUUUAAUGAACCAGAGUGUUUAUCUGGUAAAAGAAGCCUCUCUUUUGAAUCGACACUGGACCGUUAAAUUAAUUUUUUUCUUGAUCUAGGAGUCUUUGUCUUUCAACCCACCAUGUGAGGGAGCUUUCAUCAAAUGUCGUAGUGUUCAAUAAAUAGUAUGCUUUUAAUGAAGGUUAUUGACAUUUUUACAGAAAUUGGUUUUGGUUUUGGUGAACAAUAAUAAUUUUAAAAAACCUCAACAAUCUUGAAUAUGUGGAGAAUAGUGUUUUCCCACAAUGCCUUUUGUUGUAUUGUAAAAUACUUAUAUGUCUUCCCUUGUAUUUUAUUUACGAUUUCCAUUGAUAAUAGAUUUAAGACUCUAGGAAUGAACUCAUUUAGGUCUUAUUUUGGUAUUUAUGUUCAAUAGUGUUACACUGGUCUCCAGAAUGGGCCAAUGUAAAUAACUGUCAGCUACUGAAUUACCCAGAAUUCAUUAGUUUGGGUUUAUUUUACCACCAGUUUUCCUGUAAGAGUUCACAAUGUGUGCUGCAAGUUAAGGAUUCCUAUCCUUAGUCACUUGUCAAGUUUCUUUAGGUAUAAUUUCCAACAUUUGAACUCUGGUCUAACCUUUGAUACUUUGACCUCAUGCUGUGACAUGGCAUGUCAAAAUGCCCUCAAAUUGGUAAACCAGGAGUAUAUUCAAUCUUUGUGACAAAUUAAUUUAUAGAAGAAAUAUAAAAUUGUUCAAUUGCUAAUUUUAAUAAUUAUUUUUUCCUUUAUUCUUGUUUGAUAUUAAGAAUUUAAAAUCAGAGCACAUAUAGCAUUUGAACCUUCUUUUGUUAAAUGUUGAUUUUAAGCAUAUUCUUUGGUGAAUUGGUCUGUAAAUUUGAUUGACAGAAACCUUGUUACCUAUGUAGUCAUUUUUUUAAAUAGACACCAUCAUUCCAGAAAAACCUGCCACUUCUGGGCUGGUAUAAGCUUGGAUUUAGUCGGCAAUUCUGGUUGUAGAAUAGUUUUUAUAUAUUUUUUUUCUUUUGUUCUUUAAGUGUAGGUUAGUAUUUUUAAGCAUCAUGAUAUGUUGCAUAGCACCAAGCAGGGAAACAUUUUACCUGUUGAUGUGGAAAAUGAUACCUUUUGUUAUCAUGUCUCUUAAUUAAUACUUGGGGUUCCCCGGCCACUUCGUUCCCCCUUCCCCCCAUUUUCUUCAUGGCACCAGUUUGUGUACUAAUUGACUUGCUACUAAUGAAAUUGUAAUUUAUUGUCAGGUAACAAUUGUAUUUAGUCCCACAGGAGUGGAUGGACUAGGAUGAAUUUGUUUCUUGCACUGUGUAGGUUUUGGCACAAGCCUUGAUUGGGAAUUCAUUUUUUAGCAUUCAGCUUUGGGAUAGCGCCCCCAAUGGACUCACUGUAAAUAGUCAGCUGUUUAGAAAUAAAUGUGCCAUCUUUGUAACAACAGAA